CCCUCUCUAUAUCUGGCCUCCUCCUCCCCCUCUUUCAGGGCCUUGAAAUCUCGCCCCUCGUUGCAGCUGCUCACAUCCCUCUUUCUCUCCUCCUCGCCGGCCGAACCGCUGAUUGUUUCUCAACCAGAGGAAGGAAGAGAUCGGAAGCAUCAGCCAUGUCGAACUCGGCGUCUGGAAUGGCCGUUUGUGACGAAUGCAAACUCAAGUUCCUGGAACUCAAGGCGAAGAGGAGCUUCCGUUUCAUCGUGUUCAAGAUCAACGAGAACGUGCAGCAGGUGGUGGUGGACAGGCUUGGGGAACCAGGUGAAAGCUACGAUGCCUUCACCGCCUGCUUGCCCGCCGACGAGUGCCGCUACGCGGUGUUUGAUUUUGACUUCGUCACUGAUGAGAACUGCCAGAAGAGCAAGAUCUUCUUCAUCUCUUGGGCCCCAGAUACAUCGAGGGUGAGAAGCAAGAUGCUGUACGCAAGCUCCAAGGACCGGUUCAAGAGGGAGCUCGACGGCAUUCAGGUGGAGCUACAAGCAACUGACCCGAGUGAAAUGAGCAUGGACAUCGUCAAGUCGCGAGCCCUCUGAAACAGCCCAGCCACUGCAUGCUGCAGGGGCGCAUCAGCUCCUGCAUGCCCGUCGAUUCCUUCGGUGUUGGAUCCGUUUUCGUGUCCUUGUUUUCCUGGAAGCAAAAGCCUUGCAUUCUGUAUGAGACUGUAUGCCAUUUUCCCACUUUUUUCCUCUAUCUCUGCCGUAGUUCUGCUACUGCUGUAAACUAGAACUUAUUUGGUGUUUUAUCUCGUGGCAUUGUCGAGUCUUUUAUGUGUCUGUGCAAUGCUAGUUGUGAAGCCUAAUGUACCCUAGUUUAAUCACCGAAUUGCUAAA